AUCUCAUUGGUUGUCGAUACUACGAGGCCUUGGGAAGGUCAAAAGUAAUAAUACAGUUAUUUACACGCGUGUUACAGUGGUUGGUAGUGUGAGUGCAACAUUGUAAGACCCCAAAUGUUUCUCUCUGCCGGUCAUCAGUGUGUUAGCUACCUAGCUAGCAGCUAGCCUCAGCAGCUGGUAGCUAUGGCUGCAGUUAUUCUGAGUUUCCCAACUCUGCAGGGUCUGAGGAUUUUUACACAAAAACUGUCAUGGACCAAAAGAGGCGUGAGGCUCGUUUCAGGAGGGGUGGGAAGGAUAGAGAAGGUGCUGAUUGCCAAUCGAGGAGAGAUUGCAUGUCGUGUGAUGCGCACGGCCAAGAAGAUGGGAGUCCGCUCUGUGGCUGUGUACAGCGAUGCUGACAGACACUCCAUGCAUGUGGCCAUGGCAGAUGAAGCCUACCGCAUUGGCCCUCCACCCUCCCAGCAGAGUUACCUCUCAAUGGAAAAAGUUUUGGAAGUGGCCAAGAAGUCUGGCUCACAUGCGGUCCACCCGGGUUAUGGCUUUCUGUCAGAAAACACAGAGUUUGCAGAGGCGUGUAAACAGGAGGGCAUCAUCUUCAUUGGGCCACCUUCCUCUGCUAUCCGGGACAUGGGCAUUAAAAGCACAUCCAAACACAUCAUGUCAGCUGCUGGAGUGCCAAUCAUUGGUGGUUACCAUGGAGAGGACCAAUCAGAUGAGAGGCUGCAAGCAGAAGCUGCCCGGAUAGGAUAUCCUGUGAUGAUUAAGGCAGUCCGUGGAGGAGGAGGGAAGGGGAUGCGUAUUGCACGGUCAGACUCAGACUUCUUGGAGCAGUUGGAGUCAGCUAGACGAGAAGCGAGGAAAUCCUUCAACGAUGAUGUCAUGCUGGUUGAGAAGUUUGUAGAGGAUCCCAGACAUGUGGAGGUUCAGGUGUUCGGGGACAUGCACGGUAACGCUGUCUAUCUGUUUGAGAGAGACUGCAGUGUCCAAAGGAGACAUCAGAAGAUCAUAGAGGAAGCACCAGGGCCUGGUAUCAGUCCUGAGGUGCGGAGGAAACUUGGAGAGGCAGCAGUUCGAGCAGCCAAGGCCGUCAACUAUGUAGGAGCAGGUACGGUGGAGUUCAUAAUGGACGCCCAGCAUAACUUUUACUUCAUGGAGAUGAACACCAGGCUGCAGGUGGAGCAUCCUGUCUCUGAGAUGGUCACUGGGACUGACCUGGUGGAGUGGCAGCUCAGGGUGGCAGCAGGGGAGCGUCUGCCUCUUCUCCAGGAUGACAUCAUUUUACGGGGCCACUCUUUUGAGGCUCGCAUCUACGCCGAGGACCCAAACAACGACUUUCUUCCAGGGGCAGGGCCUCUGCUGCAUCUCUCCACCCCCUCAGCAGACCAACACACACGCAUAGAGACAGGAGUCAGGGAAGGGGACGAGGUGUCAGCACAUUACGACCCAAUGAUUGCCAAGCUCGUGGUGUGGGGAGAAGACCGAUCUGCUGCCUUAAAGAAGCUGCGGUACUGCUUACAACAGUACAAUAUUGUGGGACUGAACACUAACAUUAACUUUUUACUGAGUCUUUCGGGCCACCCAGAGUUUGAGGCUGGAAAUGUGACCACCAGCUUCAUCCCUCAGCACUACGCAGACCUCUUCCCUGCUCCGAGGGCUCCUUCUGGGGAGACCAUCUGCCAGGCAGCCCUGGGGCUGGUGCUGCAGGAGAGGAAAAGCACACAGGAGUUCACACAGACCUCCACUGACCCCUUCUCCCCAUUUGGCUCCAGCAGCGGCUGGAGAAGCAACAUUAAGUUUAACAGAAACAUGACGCUACAGCUGGGAGACAAAAAAGUUGACGUGGUCGUCGUGUACAACAAAGAUGGAAGCUAUACAAUGCAGAUUGGCAAGGAGGAGUACCAUGUGACUGGGGAGGUGGAGGUGGAAGGUGGAGCGUCAUUCCUGCACUGUUCUGUCAAUGGCAUGAAGUCUCGUCCCAAACUGGUGAUCCUGGACAACACAGUUCACCUGUUCUCCACGGAGGGAAGCUCCCAGGUGUCUGUUCCAGUGCCAAAAUAUCUGGCUGGUGUGAGCGGCUCUGGGGCUCAGGGCGGAGCUGUGGCCCCCAUGACUGGAACCAUAGAGAAGGUGAUGGUGAAGGCUGGAGACACAGUAGCUGUCGGAGACCCACUGAUGGUCAUGAUUGCCAUGAAGAUGGAGCACACGAUCCGGGCACCAAAGGCAGGUGUGAUCAAGAGGGUUUUCUUCAGCGAGGGCUCUCAGGCCAAUCGCCACGCUCCUCUGGUUGAACUGGAAGAGGAGGUGGAGGAGGAGGGGGAGGGGAGCAGCCAGUAAACAGACUCAAACACACAACCACAGCCACGAAUACACACUGACAGGUAGGAGAGAGCCAGGAAGGAGCUACUGUGACAGCCGGAGGGAAAGUGAGUCAAUCUGAACGGACCUGGUGUCCAUCACUUGAUUAAUAUGUCUGAAAAUGUGAGUCAGGACCCAAAUCACGUGAGUCUGGUUCAGUCUGGAAUGGAUUAGACAAAUACUUUGACCCCUGGGGACCCAACAUGCAUAUAGGAGGGUCAGAAACAGUAACAUUGACCUGAAUUGUUCUUGGGUUUGACUCGUGUGAUUAUGGGUAAACCUCAUGAUAUUCUCUCAUGUACAGCUGCCUUUUACAUAUCUGAAUUAUCUUCAUGUGGUUUGUACUCUUUGUUUGUUCCUGCUUUUCUUUCUUGUGUUUGUAAGUUUUUUUCAAGUCUCUGUUUCUGUCAAUGGUGCAGUGUUAGUUUAAGAAUGGAUUGGGUAAUCUUUUGUUGUAAAUUUUAUUGCACUUCCACACUGAAAAAGGGUUGACAGUUGAGUGUCCUCCCUUUGCACUCAUUGGAAACUUCCUAAUCUUUACACAGCAACAAAAUCUGAACAGUUUGUCAGCAAAUCCGAUGCAGAAAAUAUUAAGUAGGUUGGAUGGCAAGUGUAAAAUCAGUCAAGUUACUUGCAGAAUUAUGCCUCAUUGAACUACAGGAAUAGUUACUGAUUUCUGAGGGGGAAAACUUCACAUUUACAUGACUGUAAAAUAUUUACUGAGUGAAUCCCAUCAGCUUGUGAUCCUUUGAAACUGGUGUGUGUAGGAGAAAAUGCCAUUAAGUUAUUAUAAGAACCAGGUAAUUUCAUUUGAAUUUUUCUGUCACAUGCUUCUUUAUAAUAAAAAAAACUGUCUUGUAAUUAUAAUUGAACCUGCCAGUAUUUAAAAUGCAUAGUAACAGAGCUUAAAGCACAGCUGUUUUUCUGAGUCAUUAAGAUCUGAUGAUUUGAAGCUACUUGGUUUUUACUUGACAGUGAUUAAGAGAAAAGAGGCUGGAUGUAAACUCAUUGUGUGCGCGGGAAAAAAAAAUGUGCUUGGGUUUACUUUCAACAUACACACGUUCUGUCCUUCCAGACUGACUCCAACUCUUCAUCGUUUCCCUUUGAAAGUUUUCUCUCAUAAAUAAAACAGAGGUCUGCAGGAAGCCUCUGUUGUUGCAGAGGAGACUAUAACAUGGCACUGAACAAAAAGGCCUUUUCGAAUUGGGAUGAAGAAAACACUCCAGAACUAUCAAAUGAUUCCUAAAGUGUGUGAGCGGAUUGGGCUCUGAUUUGAAAAUAACCCGUAAAGGAUGAAAUGUCGGUCACAGAGGGCUUUAAACAGACAGAUGGUUUGAUUCUGUGUAAUUCCUCCAUCAGUCCAAGUGAACUUGACCUGUGUCUGCUGAUCACUCUCUUCUUACUAACUGGUGUGUUAUGAGGCCUUGUAGCAUAAAAUUAAUAGACACCUGUGUUUCAUUUUGUAGAUGUGACAGAUGAUUUAUUAUUAGAUCUUGGACUGGUCAGAUACUGUAAUAAAAAUGUUUGUGAAGUA